AUGGACGGGGACUUGUUAGGUGACAUGGCAUUUGCUGCACCAGCGAAUGAAAGUGCCAGCCAAACUCAACCGACGGCUCCGAUCCCAACGAUGGAUUUUCUAAGUGGAUCUCCGAUCAAGACCAAAGAACAAGUUCCAUCAGGAUCACCAAUCAAUGAUUUAGAAAAUGGAAAAGAUAAAGAUGCUGGAGAUGGGGUGUCGCAGUUGCCAUUUUCUGAUGAUAAGACCGAGUUACAAACCCAAACACAGUCCGAACCUCAGGAGCAGCAACAGUCGAGUGUAAACGGUUUACUAGACUUUCCAGCCAGCUUUGCUGUACCCGUACCUUCGGAUCCAAAGAUGGGAGUAAAGCCUUUCCCAGCUAAUCCCGGCCUGGCGACAGACCCAUGUACCCCUCCCACACAACAAACAAAAGGGGAUCCUCCACUCGAUCCAUUUCCGGAUCAGCCUUCUGCUUCCCAUCCGGAUCGAUUCGCUGCUUCAACAACAAACGAUGCUAUAGGCAAUGUAUUUGAUCCCUUUUCUGAUCAAUCCCCACAGUCAGCAGCGCCAGAUCUCUCUGUAGCAUCUUUCGCAACUGAAGCCGCAGCACAGGCUGCGGAUUCUUCUGUAGAUCCCUUUUCUCCUGUAGAGCAAACUGAUGAAAUACCUGUGGGUGCCCAAGCUUUGGAUUUGUUCGGAGAUUCAACUGCAGCAUCCGAACAAUCCAGCACGUCAACUUAUGCCGUGGGAAAGUCUGGCGAUGGUAACCAACUAGUGGAGACCCAAUGUAUCGAAAGAACAACAACAACAGCUCAAACCGCGCAAGAGGACCAAAACGAAACGUCGAAGUUGGAAAAUAUAACUGUGGUCCCGGCGAUUUCUUUGUCUCCGCUUGAAACGCCGACUGACAAGGCAUUGACAGAGACGGCCGAAGCUAUGGACGAAGCACCUUCCACCUCGACACCUCCUACUGUACAAAAGCAACCAGAAACUGCCCCAUCUGAAGAAGUCGCAAAAAUAAAAAAGGUCGGCCCGACGUGUCCAGAAGAAAAAGCGAAUUCUGUACCCGAUCCUCCUGCUGUAGCUACUACUGAAACCUCCAAGCUUGAACGCGAAAGCAGUGGCGAUUCGAAAGAAGCACUGAUUGGAGAAAGUCAAUCGAAGCCAACAGAACCAAGUAUGCCACAAAACGGAAAUGACGACAAGUCAGAAAACUCGAAGCAGGAAGAUAGUGCCGCGAUUCCAGGAAAAGGGCAAAACAAAAGUAAGGCCUCGGACGAAAAGCCACAUGCAAAUAUCAACGCCGCAACAAAUGGGGCUCAAGAGAAGAUGGGACAACAAGGACAGAAAGCUGACGAGCCAGCAAAAGCCAUACCGCCAAUUAAAAUCGGAAUGGUAAACCAGAAACUCGAUUUUGGAAUGGCAUCGAACAUGUUCCGAUCCUUUUCGAGCAAGAGUGGUGCACAGCUCAAACAACUCCAGUCGAAAGGAGGUGUUAGUUUGAAAGUUGGUUUGUCAAGGCUCGGCGAAGCAUCUAGUAAUCUUGCCGGUACAAUCAAGCAAAAGAACGCUGUAUCCAACGUAUUCAAAGUGGAGGAGUCCACUCUUCCAGAAAACAUGCAACCUGUGGGUAGUCAGCAUCCUUCCAACAGGGAGUUCGAGAGAAAAGAUGCCGCAAGCAUGGAGAGUGCUAGUGAAACUCCCAGCACGGAUGCACCCGAACACAAUGUCGCAGUAUCAACCUCCUCGGGAGAGAGGAAGGAUGAAGGCAAGACAAUGGAGAAUGAAGAGGACGGCGAUGUCAAACCUCCGAAAGUGCCGCAUCCAAAGAACACAUCAACGACUUCUGAAAGUACAAAUGACCUGGCUGAAAAGACGACUGAUGUAACACCGGUAACAACGACAGCUGGCAUGCAGACGAAAGGAAGUGGAAACUCUGAAAGCAAAGAAAAGGGGGUGAAACAGGGUUUAACUGCCUCUGCUGUAACCUCACUGUUUGGUCUCAAGAUCGAAAAAUUGCCGAUCGCAACAUCGAACACAGACAAGGCCAAAAUCGAUGGACAAGAAAAGAAGACAAGCUUACCCAAGAACGCAGAGAAAUCAAAUGAGGACGAUGUUGAGAACGCGCCCACGGCACAACUGGAAAACCAGACUGACAAAGAGCAAAACACUUUCGAAACGGAAAAGAAAAAUGAAAAUGGAGAUCCAAAAGACGAUUCGGAAAAGGCUACACAAGACCUAGAGGAAAAUGCUACUGAAGGACUACAAAAGAAGCAAGAUCUUGUACAGGAUGAUGUCGACGCGAAGGCAACUUUAGCAAAUGAAUCUUUCGAAGAAAAAAAGCAAGAAAGUUUUGAAAACCCAUUAUUGGCAGACGGUGUAGGCCAAAACGCGGAAGUAAAUUCGGUCCAAAACACAGCCCUCUCAGACCAGAAUGCGAAAUUUAUUGCACGUAUCGCAGCCCUCGAGAAAGAGCUUAGGACUAGUAAGGAUGGGUCAUUGAAACAGAUUCAGACACUCGAGGAAGACUUGCAGGCUCGUAAAGAAGAUUCUGCACGGCAGAUUCAGACAUUACAGAAGGAACUCCAGGCUAGCAAAGAUGGCUCUUCAAGACUUAUCAAGUCUCUUGAAAAGAAAUUGCAUGCUUCACAGGAGACAGUGAAGCAAUUGAAGGACAAAUCUAUGAAGUUGCAGCAAGGUGCCGAAGAAAACGAGCUAAAGAAGGAUCUCAUCGAAGAUCUAAACAGCAAGUUGCAAACUGAAAUGAGCAAGCGACAGGAUUCGGAAACAACUGCGAAAAAGACUAAGGAAAAGCUGGACAAGGUUGCGGAACAGUUCAAUGCACUGCAAACGACUUCAAAAGAGAGAUUAUUGCAAAUGAAGGGGGCAAUUGACAAAUUGAUGCAGUCCAACAAGAAAAUGGAAGAAGAGAUUAUUGGGAUCCGGGAGGAAAGGGAUGAACAAGGGCGGCGAUUAAGUUCCAAUACUACUCAGUUGCAUGAGGCGAAGAAAAACGCAGCCAUCAAAGUGAACGCAGCUGAGCACUACGAGCUUAAGAUGAACGAAUUGGACGCAGAGUUGAAACAAACAAAAGACAAGAUGGCACAGAUCAAAUUUGAGAGAGAUCGGUUCCGCAAGGAGCUUGGAAACUGGAAGAAGUACGCCGAGGACCGCAACAAGCAAUUGGAAGGGCAGCUUAAGCACGAAAAGAAGCUGAAUGAAGAGCGUAAACGACGAAUGAAAUUCUUCGUUGAAGCAAAAACGGAAGAAGCCCGUUCUAGCAAUGUCGAUAAUGUUUCACUCCAAGCAGAAUUAGAUCAGACAACACGCUCAUUGAAAGACUUCAACCAGCGCUACAAGCAACUGCAUAGCCAGUGGGUACAAGCACAGACAAGAAAUCGAGAGCUACAACGUGACAUGGCCAAGAUGAAGAAUGAUUCCGAAAAGAUGAGCAAAGUUGGAGGAACCUUGGAAGCCAAAUUGUCCCGUUAUUCGAAUGAGAUUGAAGACCACAAGAGCAAGAGGCUGGCAGCCAAGAACGAACUCAUGACUGUUAUUGCAAAACUUGAGGAGGAAAAGAAGGCAAGUGCCCGAGUGAAAGAUUUCGUCAAAGGAACUAUAAUACCAAAGGUGCUGUUGCAGCAUCAAGUUCUCCAAGAGAGCGCAGAUCACUUUGAGGGUGGAAUACGUCAGCUUGCUCUCCGUUUCGGCCGAGAAUUUUCUUCACUUCGAAGAAAAUCCAAUGGCAAACCCGAUCCGUUAUCUGAUUGGAAACCAAAAACUCUUGAGGAAAUCCAGGCCAUGAUUGGAGAUGCUAACACUGCCCGUAUUCUAUCAAAACUAGAGGACGAAACCCAGAGAGUAAACGAACAGGUAUCGAAUGUAUCAACAAGCGCUGGGCAGCUAGAAUCCUUGCUUGUCGCACCGACUACCAAGGGAUGCGUAGGUGCCAUGUUCAGCAAUUUUUAG